GAGAAGCCUGAAAAGGGCGCCAAGGACAAGGACAAAGGUGUUGUGCAACCUUUGCCGCUGACGGAGGUGGUCCAUCGCGCCUCGAAGCUGCUGGCCGCGAAGAACGCCAUGCCAAAGCUAACGGAGGCUGUUGCAGCCAUGGUGAAGGAGCCUGACUCGCCGACCACCGGGCGUGUGCGGGAAGAGCGCUUCCGCAGCGUUCUGGAAGAGGUGGCAAGCCAAGAGCUGUCCCCAGAGGAGCUACAGGUGGUCUUCCCCGAGAAGCACAUCAUCACCAGAACCUGA